GUAAGACAAAGUAAACAUUACCGUUCCCCCAUAGCAACUUACCUUUUAAAAUGAAGGAAUACAUAGCUGAGGAAUGGCUGCCAUCAAAGUCGGGGUUAGGAGAAAGUCCACUCUACCGCGAAAGCGAUGACACAUUCUUCUUCGUCGAUAUAAAAAACAAGCUAGUUCAUUCAGUACCGUUAUCUCAGGGAUGGAGCGCGAAACACACAAUCGAAUCAGACGAGCCUGUGACUAGACUUGACAUCGUCGAAAAUAGGUCGGACGUACUAGCAGCUCAGACGAAGUUGGGCUUUGCUUUACUAGAUCCGAUGAAAGAAACUCUAGAUCGUAUCGUCGACAUUCACCAUAUACACGAUGCAAGCCUCGAUGAAAAGGUGCGCAUGAAUGACGGCGCGAUAGACGCUCGCGGUCGAUGGUGGGCCGGCACGAUGGCGUUGAAUGAAGAGGAUACCAUCGGCCGAUUAUGGUGUAUGCAAGGCGGGAGAGUGUGUGAUGCCUCCACCGAGGAUCGAGCUGCGGUUCUCAACGGCCCAGUUUGGUCUCCUGACGAUAAGACUAUGUACGUCUGCGAUACGCCUCAAGGCAAAAUUUAUCAAUACGACUACGAUAUUGAAAACGGGAAGGCCACAAAUAAACGACUAUUCGCAAAGUUGGAGGACGGAGGUAUGCCGGACGGUCUAGCGGUUGAUGUGGAGGGACAUAUUUGGGCGGCGGCAAACUCCCAGGGCAAGUUAAUUCGAUUUUCACCUGAAGGUGUAGCGACGGCAACAUGUGUGGUUCCAGAGGCAAAGAUGUGUUCAUGUCCAACUUUCGGUGGUGUGGAUUGGAAAUCGCUCUUCAUUACCUCUAUUUCGGAUGAAGGGUCUACGGGUAAUGUUUAUCGCGCACGAGUUGGCGUACCAGGGCUCCAAAGACAUCCCCAUAGAGGAUGAAUGAAUAUUUGGUUUAUUAAACCUCAAGCCAUUCCGAAUUGGACGA